AUGAACACCGGCUCCAAUUCCUGGCUCCAUCUUGGCAGCUUCACGUACCGGCCCGGCUUCAAGUUCCCGGGCCCUUCCUACGUCCACUUCCUCCCGUCCCUGGGGCAGGUGGAGCCCGCGAAGGGAACGCUGCGUAAAGACCGCGGCAGCUCUGGAUGCAUCGUGACCGUGACGCGCGGCUCCGACUCUGGACUCGGGCUCAGAGCGCUCGCUGAAGUGAAGGGGGACUGUGGGUUUUGUGUGUGUGAGCUCCUCUCUCCUCCUCUCUCUGUGUCUCACUGA